CUGCAGGAAUAUGUGAAAUAUACAAUAAAAGAGUUGGAAUCGUACACAAAACAAGAAGGUUCAUGUGUGCGAAAAGUGAAUUCCAAACUGCAUGUAUCACUGGGCCCAUAUUGCUUGGCUGAUUUCAAACAUGCGCUCAGUGCUCAUAUUAUGCGUAGAAAAGUUGGGUACUAUGAUGCUAGUCUUGAGGGCAUUGUGCUCGACAUAAAGAAUAUUAAAGUAUUGGGCUCGGCGGGAGCACUUCGCUCAGAUGAUCCACGUAUACAUGUUGAUGUUAAUGCCGAUUGCUAUGUGUUCCGCCCUGCAUCUGGGGCGAUACUGAACGGCGUGGUGAAGCACGUUGGUAACCAUCAUAUUGGCGUCAUCAUUUAUAGAGUAUUCAACGUGAGCAUUAGAUUUGCAGGAAAAAUUAACAAGGAAGAGUUUAAAAUGGAUGAUACGUUGCAAUUCCGUAUUAAAAAGUUUAACCUGCAGAAUGUAUUUCCUUACAUCGAAGGUGAUCUUGUGACGGCUAGUGGACAUAAACUCAUGGAUAAGUUUAUUAAAGUUGAACCAGAAAGCGCUGAUAGCAACAUGGACUCAGGCAUAGAAGAGCGCGAAAAUCACGAGCUGGAUGAACUUGUCACAUUGAUUAAAGAAGAGUGUGUAUCUGAAGGUGAAGUGAGUUCGAGGUCAAAGAAGAUAAAUGAAAAAACUCCUAUUGCAAAACGACAACAAAAAGCUAGCGCCAGCGGGGUAUCAUUUAGUGCUACGCUGCCGAUUAAGAAAGAACUAAGAAGCGCCGAAAAAAAGAAACACAAAAAUUCCGUUAAAGAAGAAUUGAAUAGCUCGCAAACCAAGAAACGAAAAACCACUAGUGAAGUAUCAUACAUUGAAAACCUGCCGAUUAAGACAGAACCAACAGACUCCGAAAAAAAGAAACGCAAAAAUUCCGGUAAUGAAGAAUUGAAUAGUUCGCAAACUGAAAAGCAAGCUGAAAAGGCUAUUAGUAAAAGUAAAAAGCAUAAAGUAACUAGCGAAGCACUGAUUGCGACACAGAUCAAAGCAGAGGUUGAGGAGCAACCGCUCACAUCGCCCACGAAAAAGCGAAAAAGUCUAAAUCGAUAAGUAUAGAAGUUUCGAUCUUACCUUGGUUGGGAGUAAAGGAAUUACUUACAUAUGCUUAUUGCGACUAUGGACUUUAAAUGUUUUAACAUAAGAAGCGUUAGAAAGGGUAUUCGAUUUGUUUCUGAAGUUCAAUGUUAAGAUGGAUGCUGAAAGUUCGGCGAACCUAUUUACACAGUUUUAAAUAUAAAUUACUAUUUUCUAACAGCCGUACCUACCUAAGCAAAAGCGUUAAGGGGUGCGUUUUCUGCCGCCUACCUUUCUUUAACGCUUAAUUGUAAUACGUAAACAAAAGCGGCAACGCCACGUCAAAUGUACAAAUAACAGCAAACAACAUACAUAAGUUUGUGUGUAAGAAAUGCAAAAAUUACGGUUUUGUCGUUUUCUGCAGUCAACUUCACUUCAUAAAGGCCAAUCUAAAUCGGAUUUUCCAACCUCAUACAAAUUGUAUGAACACGAGACAUUUUUGACAGCUAGACAACGCUGACGCUUAUAUUUAGGUAUGGUUUUAACUUUGAUUUUCAAGUUUAUAUAGAAUAUGUACAUAUAUAGUCUUACUCACAAAAGUAGGAGGAUGUUUUUUUUUUUUUGUUAAUAUUUGCAACGUUUUACAUGCAUUUUUUUUUUGUUAAUUUUGUAUCAAAAUAUGGCUUUUAUUAAAUACAAGAAUGAAACUUGUACGAAAAUUAAGACAAAUUAGCAAAGUUUCAGCACAAUCGCAAACGUUUUAAUAACAAUUUCUAAAAAAAUUCAGAUAUGCAAUUAAAUUUCAGUAUAAUAGUGUGCCCAUUAAAUUUGUGAGAAUUUUUUUGCUGACUGUCCUACGCUUUCUUUUGCCUAAUACAUAAAGUAUUUUCAGAUUUUUGGUUUAUAUGAAAAAAAAUCGUAGGAAAUUUGUUUUUUUUUUGUUUUUAAUUCUAAUUAAAAAUUUUGCGAUUUUGCUGAAACGUUUCAGAUCUUUCUUAAUUUUCGUACACAAAUUCAUUGUUGGAUUUAAAUAAGGUUCGCUAAAAUAUAAGCCAUAUUAAAAAAAAAAAUUUAGCGUGUAAAACAUUACGAAUAUGUAUUAACAAAAAAAAA